CCCCAAAACUGGAUCAAAAUCAAUUCAAAAGGUGAUAUUCGUAAUCACCGUGAAAUUUUGCAUCGAAUGAUAUAGUUUUAAGUGAAAAAUAAGAACUUGCAAUUCUUUUGAAUUAGCGGCGCCUUAUUCGUGUUUUACAAAAAAUGUAUUUUUGUGCACGCAAAAAUAUUAAUAAAAUAUCGAGAAUUUGGGCACUAGCUUACUCAAGGACAGCGAUAAACUUAGAGGGAGUUCCAAACAAAAAAUCCCAGAAAGUCCCCAGGGACUCCCCUAAAACUCCCUAAGGACUCCCCGGGGAGUCCCUGGGGACUUUCUUGGGGAGUGUCGAUUAGGGACGGCUAAACACCUUUCUUCAACUUCACAUUUAACAUAGUAUAUAUAAACCUCGUGAACUUGUCUACAAAACGACUAUUUAGAAGACAGACUGCGAGAACUUUUUUCGAUUGUUCCUCUUUUCUUGCUGAUAGCAACGCCUAUUUUCCACUUCCUUUCUGCUUUUUAUUCAACUGAACUGCUCAACAUUAUCCUUCAUCAAGACCAAAAUCAAUAGAACAAUAAAAAAGAAAAAAAAGAAGAUAAAAAGAGAAGAUAAAAACGAAUAAUCAUAGUUUAAUUAUGAGUGGUCGAUAUACGAGAUAGAAAAAGAGAGGAAAAACAUAAUUGAAUCGAACAGAAAAUUAUUUCUUAAAAUUCUUGAAAAAGAACGUCUGAAACCUGAUUCUUGAAAGAAUUAUUAUCUUAAGUUCGACAAGUGAUGUAAGAGAAAGAAAAGAAGAAAAAAUGUGUUUUUGAAACAACGACAAGAAGAAAAUAUAUGAGAAAUGAUUGAAAUUGAAGCCAAAUAUAUGAGAGACAGAGUUUUUGACCAGUGCUGAAAACAUAUCGUUUCAAUGUCCCUCCCGUAUUCGUCGCGAAAGAUUACAAAUUCAUGCAAAAACUGCUUCAAUUUCAAUCAACUUUUUUCUCAUAUAUUUUUUUCUUGUCGUUGUUUCAAACAUUUUUAUCUUCCUUUCUUUCUUCUACAUGCUACUCAUUCCUUCUUUACUAUUUCCUUGGACAUAAUCAUUCUUGCAUGAAGAAAGAAACAAAAAACCCAUGUACGACUUAGACACUCGCAACACUCAUUCUUUGGCAUUCACAUUUACACAAGAAUAGAAUAAUGUCCAACAAUCCAUGGCUUCAAAUCUUUCAUUUACGCCCUUCAGCUAAAUACCAAGUGUUCAUAUUUCCUGGUGCAGGAUCUGCAGGUGAUGCUACUUUUUCUCGUAUGACAAGUUAGAUGAUUUAAAGCAGCUAAACGAAUUCUCGUAUAAAAACAAUACAUCAACCCUCAUUCUUCUAUCUACCUUCUACAGGUUACUUCUACCAAACAUGGGACACCAACUUCCCUAGUUAUGAAUUUGCCUUAGUACAAUAUCCGGGUCGUUCUAGUCGUUUCGGUGAAGAACCAAUUCGUACGCUAAAGGAGUAUAUUCAACAAUUAGAUAAGUGGCUAGUGCCAUCGAUUCGAAAGCCAUGUGUAUUUAUUGGUCACAGCUUAGGAAGUGCAAUUAGUUUUGCACUGGCUAAACAUAUGGUUGAUAUGGAAAAGAAAAAUGAGAUGAUUAAGUUAAUGGUGAUGUUAGGAAAAGGCCCGCCGCAUUUAGAAGAUCCUGUCGAGUCAUUCUUAACUAUGACUGAUGCUGAAAUUGCAGCUGAGUUAAAGAAAAUGUCAGGUGAGUGUAUCCCAGUACAGCUACUUUCUAUGACGAUCCUGAUAUUAAUGCAAAUGAUUACACCUAUAUUAAAAGCUGAUUCAUUGGUCGCCGAUGAAUUACAACCAAAAACUGUGUUAGAUAUACCGAUUAUUGCUUAUGGUGGUGACAAAGAAGAAAAUGUGGAUGAAGCGUUUUUAAAGAGGUGGACUGAAUUAACAACUGUCAAAGAUCUUUUUCGUGUACGUAUGUUUCAUGGACAUCAUAUGUUUCAUUCUGAAUGUGGUGAAAAUGUAUUGAAAUGUUUGAAAGAAGAUCUGACGAAUAUAGUGGAGAAGCCAGAGCAAUAG